CAGUGUACCUGAUGGAGGCCGUCGACCCCGACGAGAUGCGCCCAUUGCCGCCCCAAUUCUCCUACGAGAACCGCAAGCUCAACGACCGGGUCGACGCAUUCAUCGACGGCGCCUGGCGGGUCGGCAGAGUCACCCGCUUCGUCGACCCCAAUUUCUACGUCCGGCUCGAUCACGACGCCCGCCGGGUGGAGCAUCAUUGCCCCUUCUACAAAGUCCGCCUCCAUCUCGAGUGGCGAAACGAACAGUGGUUCUACUGCCACGACGACUGGCCUCAGGUCCAGAAUCAGAAUCAGGAUGGGAAUCCGGAUCCGCCACAGGCUGACCAGAGUCAAAAUAAAAAUCAGGGUGGGAAUCCAGAACACGAGCAGAUUCAGGAUCGGACAGAUGAAAUGUUCCGCUCUGCAGUGGGCCUGCCGGACUAUAUGAUUGGGGGGAGUCUGGAUGAGCUUCGCGAUCCAUCUGGAUCUGAUGGCGAGGAAGGAAAAAAGCAGCAGCCCACUGACUAACAGAAGGCCCAUCCGAGGGGUACAUAUGGGCUAGUAUGAGAUAGGGCCCAAUUAGAUAGAUAUGAGGAAUUUGGUAUAUAGCUGUAGUAUAGCUCCAUCUCCUCAUGCCAUGUGGGGUUUUUGGUAUUGAUGGUGAUGAUUCUGUUUUUGCAUCUGGGUCUGGGAGCAUAUAAUUCCACAUCUACACUUUUUGAGAGCAACAAUGUUCAAUAUACAAAAAAGAAAACUUCUUUUCCAGGUAGUUGAGAGAUUGGAAUGAGAUGUCUAGCU